UCACGUGGUUCUCAUCACGUGGUCCAAGAGCUGCAGCGCCACAGCGCGAGCCAGCCCAGGGAGCGUUGGAUGAGUGUAGUGCUCAGCUUGUAAAAACUUGUAAAACUGAGACAAACUCCGGCGAGAAGCGAGAAAGGCAUAGACACCAGCCAUGGUCAGGCAUGCUAUCCUUAAGGCAUAUCAUUGUUUAGGAUUAGCUGUCUGGACGGGGUGUGAGGACGGAGCAGAGAGCGCGGCUGUAGAUGCUCAGGAGAACACACGUCACCGCAGCUCCAUCCUUCACCACUGACUGCUGCACCAAGCCUUCAUGCCCUUUCACACAGCAAGGUCUAACAGGAAUACAAGACUAAGGCUUUCCAGCUAAGACUAUCUUGAAGAUGACAUUAAGAAAAUAGGCUCUGCAAAGUUUCUUCAUAUCUCCCACAUCAGAUCAUCAAAGAUGCUGCCUAAAGAACACAGCAGUGAGGGCAAAGCAGCCAAACUCACGCAGUAUGAAAAGAAGACCAAAGCUGCCAAGAAAGAAGAGAAGCUGCGUUACAUGGAGCCACCGGAUGGAGGAUGGGGCUGGAUGGUGGUUCUGCACUGCUUUCUGGUGAACGUGCUGGUGAUGGGGACCUUGAAGACUUUUGGGAUCUUCUUCGUGGUGCUGCAGGACGAGUUCGGUGCCUCGUCCGAGAGCAUCAGCUGGAUUGGCUCCAUCAUGUCCAGCAUCAGACUCUCAGGAGGUCCUCUAGCCUCCGUAGCCUGUGCUAAGCUGGGGAACAGAAUCACUUCCAUCAUCGGAGCCCUACUGGUGACCGCAGGCUUUCUCAUCAGCAUUUUCGCAAACAGUAUUGUCUACUUGUACAUCAGCAUGGGGCUGGUGGUAGGUCUUGGCUUUGCACUGCUGUACCAAGCCUCAUCUGUUGUGACUGCUACUUAUUUCCAUAAGAGGUUAGCCACGGCUUACUCCAUUGGGCGAUCUGGCAUGGGCUUGACCUUUGCGCUGGCACCCUUCACACAGCUGCUUCUGGAUCAGUAUGCAUGGCAGGGAGCUCUGUUGAUUUUGGGUGGUCUGAUGUUGAACCUAGUGGCUUCUGCAAUGUUGCUGCGGCCCAUCCAAAUGCAGCCUGCCCCCAGUCUCAGCAGAGAUCUGCCUGCUUCUCUGACACAAAUGGAGAAGGAACCUCUUGAGGACAGUCAAAAAGUGACUCCAGCCAUUUCUAAUGGCAUUGCCAAAACAGGAGCUCCUUCCAUUCACAGGGAUACACUUAUCAUUGAGAACACAUCUUUAGGGCAGAGAAACCACCAAGCUAUGGAGCUAACAAACCUGGUCCAGAAUGGCGGCAGUGAAUUGGACAAUUGUCCAGUAAAGGUUUGUCCAGAAACAAAUGGCAAAUUGACUGUGAAUUCCUUAAUACAGGAGAAGACACCAACCAAAAAAGCCAACGUCUUGGACUUCUCACUCUUAAAAAAUCCCUUUUUUUGCAUAUAUACCUGGUCGCUUGUCUUCAGUCAGUUAGCCUACUUUAUCCCCUACUUCCACCUGUCAGCGAGAGCCAGGACUUUGGGCAUUGACCCCAUGGAUGCAUCUUUUAUCAUAUCUGUGGCAGGUAUAACAGAAACUGUGGCUCAGCUGGCUUCUGGCUGGGUGACAGAUAGGAACCUAGUACAUAAGUACCACUACCACAAGGCCUAUCUGAUCCUGUGCGGGAUAGUCAACCUGCUCUCUCCCCUCGCCACCUCCUACAUUCAGCUCAUGAUCUUCGCCGUGUUCUUUGCCAUCUUCUGUGGGGGAUACAUGGCUCUGCUCCUCCCGGUUCUGGUUGACUUGGUAGGGUCUGAAAAAGUGAACAACUCUAUGGGUUUUUCCAUGUUCUUCGUGGGGCUUGGCUGUCUAACAGGUCCUCCACUGGCAGGUUUCCUGUAUGACUACACCCGAACCUACGACUGCUCUUUCUACUUAGCUGGUGUGUGUUACCUGCUCUCGUCAGUCUCUCUCUUCAUGGAGCCACUCGCACAGCACUGGCAGACCAGAAAAAAGCAGCAGGAGCUGCUCAAUAAUGAGCUGGGAUGGAGCAGCGGCUGCUUCUGUCCAGCAUCUCAGAGAAAUGGGGUGGUAUAGCUACACCGCAUUGCCAUUGCACUCACUUUUUUUAACUUCAACAUCCUAAAGUGGACUUGACCUCAACUUUGUAGUAGAGCACAGUGGCCCCUAGACUUUUUGAGGGAAAGCCUUUUUUUUUUGAAUGGCACAAAGUAUGAAUUUAGUCACAAUGUUUGAAGACACCAUGGAUGGUUUUAGUUCCAGAGAACAGAUGAUGUGGUCUCUAAAUUCCAGUAAAGCAAAAUGACUUCAUAUAUUAGAUUACAAACAUUUAUCUGAUUACUACACUGAAAAUUUAAGAAAUCAUACAACUUUUAAUUUAAUGUCAGAGCAGACAGUCAGCAUGUAUUUCCCUCUGCUUGCUAUAAUAGCAUGUGUAUUAUUGAUCAGAGCAUACAACAUAAUAUUUAUAUUAUAAAAAAGUUACUCUUAAAAUGUUUAAAUCAUUUAAUGUACCAAAUGCCAAUUAUUCUAUAUGCAAUUUCCCUGCUGGUUUGAGGUCAGUUUUUCCUCCUAAGCAGUAAUACAGAUUUAUUUUGAUGUUCUACCAUCAGCAAAGUUCCAGUCAACAAUCUUAGUUAUAUAAUGACAUAUAUGAGGCUUAACCACUACGUAAAAUGGAUUAUCGUUGUUUCAAGGUAUGUUGGAAGGUGUAUUUGGGUCACUGUGUCUCUGGAUCUUGGAAAUGGAUAUUUUUUUUUUUCCAGCUGAUGGUCCCAAAAUACAGUUGUUCCAGCAACCAUUGACAAAGAUGAAAAUAAUUUCCAAAACAAAACGGCUUUAAACCGCUUUAAACCUGAUAGGAGUGAAAAUACUUCAAGGGCUCAGUCUAAAAGAUUUAGGGCAUUGUGCUUAUAGCUACACCAUUGUUAGACAUUUUGUUUCUGAAAACUGUAAUUUGUAUUGAAAUAGCGGUACUGUUCUGUCUCUCACCAGUAGUUGCCUUUUUAUGUACUGCGUAACAGUACUAACUGUUGAGGUGUGAGCCAAAGAUGCAAGAGAGACUAUUUUUUUGCAUUUGAACCUCAGGCUUGUGUAGAAUAUCACUUUUUUUCAUUUAUCUUUAAAAUCAAAAGCUUUUCUUAGUAAUUGUUUAUUUAAUGGUUGCUUCUUAAAUGCCACAUAGUUUCUUUUGUCACAUAGAGUCCUCUAGUGGUGCAGACAUUGUACUACUACUGAAAGGUAGCAUUAAUUACUGUACAGUAUAUAUACUGUUGUGAGUAUGCUGGAGUGCUACACAGUGUGUUACUUGGGUUAUUAUUUUCUAUUUUUAAUAUUUCACAAAGAUCAAAAAGUGGCAAAAACUGAGGUGGUAAGUAGCUUUUAUAGGAGCACCAAUUAAAUACACUCCUGUUGAAAAUCUGA